AUGCCGCGCACAGUGUUCAACAGGCUGUACAGGGCGAUUGAGGGCGAAGGAUUCUUUGUCAGAAGGAAGGAUGCGCUGAGCCGUGGAGGAAUUCAUCCCCUACAGCGGGUGGUUGCCGCAAUUCGCAUGCUGGCGUAUGGAGCAGCGGCUGACUCUUUAGACGAAUAUCUGAGUAUGUCUGAAGACUCAGUGUUACAGUCACUGAAGUCCUUUUGUUCUACUGUGAUACAGAAGUUUGGAAUAGAGUACCUACGCGAGCCCAAUGAGGCGGACCUACGGCGCAUACUGGCAAUAAAUGCUGCCAGGGGGUUUCCGGGGUGUGCGGGUAGUAUUGAUUGUCAGCAUUGGCAAUGGAAAAAUUGUCCGAUAGCUUGGGCUGGACAAUUCAAGGGAAAGGAGAGGAAGCCGACUAUCGUUCUGGAUGCAAUUUGUGACGGGGAGUUGUGGAUUUUGCAUGCCUUCUUUGGUAGCCCUGGAAGCUUGAACGACAUCAACGUUUUGGACAGAUCACCAACGAUGGAGCGCAUCAUCGCUGAUGAGUUUCCGCCCUCCAUUCCUUACACGUUAAAUGAAAAACAACGAACGAUGCCGUACUACCUUGCCGAUGGUAUCUACUCAAGCUGGGCAAUUUUUAUGAAGACAAUAAAAGACAACACGGCAAAAAAGGAGGAAGCAUUCGCAAAGGCUCAAGAGGCGAUACGGAAGGACAUCGAACGCGCGUUUGGGAAUGAUGUAUCGAAUGUCAUGGUGGCGUGCAUUAUUCUCCACAAUAUGAUUGUGGAGAGUCGAAGAGAUAACUACCAAAGUGUCAUGGCGUCACUGCAGCACUUCAGUGAGGCGCGUGCUAUGUUCGCUGCAGGUCAGUCAUUCACCAUGGUAUCGUCACGUCAUUCGCGCAUAACAAGUAAAGUGGACCACUUCUCCUUGAAACGCGACCUCAUUGAGCAUAUAUGGAACGCUCACGGCUCCGUCUAG